AUGGCGAAGAGGCCCGGCCCCUCGCGUACUCAGUCCAAGAAGGACUACACCCCGGAGACCCUCCCUGGGUUCACGAGGCUACGCUGUGAUGACUGUGGCAAGCGCGUCGUCAACCGGCGCGACCAGCAGCGCCAUGCGAACUUACAUCUCCCCGACACGCCCGAAUACGAGGAAAUCAAGAACCCAUAUCCUUGCCGCUGGCCAGGAUGCACCAAGCGGUUUUCGCAGAAAACCCCUCUGAGGGAUCAUCUGAACGUGCAGUGCCCUGAAUGCCGCAAGGGCUUCAGAAACGCCGGUGGUCUUCAUCAUCAUCGCGAACGGGAUCACCAGUACAAGUCAAAAAAGGCUCGGGGCUCGCGCGAGUCGCCUCGCACAGGCCCAUACACGAAGAAGCCCAAGGCAAAGAAGGCUGCACGCACUACAUCACCCACAGUGUCAAGUCCGUUCGAGGAUGUGCACGGAUCCACAGACUCGCCACUGCCUGUCGAUGCCCCUACCCUGGCCUCUGGCUCUGCCACAGCAUAUGUGCCCGAGCUCUCGCCUGAUGCCUCAUCUUCGUCGGGCUUCGCUGAGCCGUCGUCGCAGCCCUCGCCUGCGGAUGCUGUCUUCUUCUCUUGGACUAGCGACAACAUCCCUGCUUGCGUCCCCGUCGCCGGGCCGUCCCACUGCUACGCGCCUUCUCCUGCUGAGGCAUCGUAUACUUUCGACGCGUUCCUGCCUGCCGAGGUAUCGUACCCCGUCUAUGGCCAGAAUUUUAACGAUUUUACCAACGUUCCGGCUCAGCAGCCGGAUGAUGGGCUCUUAUUUACUCCCCCUCGAAGCAGCGUCAGCCUUCCUUUGGACGACCCUACUAUUCCUCAAGACUUCUCAAACGCGCCCUUCGACACCUCUGCUUUCUCGGUGGACUCCGCUUUCCCCGUCGAUGCCACCUUACCCUUCGACGCGUCCAACAUUCCUGCGAACUCCUUUGGUUUCGACUUCGCCGGGUUCCCCAUGGGUGCUCCUCUUCCGCCGCUGUAUGAUCCUCUCUUCGCGCUCGAUGCUCCCGCUCCGCGCUCCUUUGAGGGUCAGAUCCCCUUCAGCGGUCGGACCCCCUUUAACGGUCAGAACUCGUGGAAUGACCAGCCGCCCUACCUUCCCACCCUGCCGCAGCUGCCAAUCGAUUUCGCAUAUGACAGCCUCGAGGAGGCUCCCCGUGACACCUUCGCGAGCUUCCGGUUCACCCACCCUUAG